AUGUCUAUUCGGGUUAAAGACUAAAUGCUUUCACCUUAAUUUAAAGAAAUAGAACAAGAAUUGUCCACACAAGAAUGCCGAAAAUUCUCAACUAUUUCAGCUGCUGAAUUUAAUACUCCUGAAACCAAGUAUAGAUCUACGAUUGGACCUAAUAAGAUGGAUUUAUCAAAAGACACAAAUUAAAUGCACUAUAGAAAUGGAACGGCUAAAUUUGAGGAUGAGCAAUAUAAACUUUGUGAGGAGAUCAAAGCUUUAUUUUUGAAAAGAUAAUCCUUAAACCCAGCACUUUUCGAACCCAAAAUUUUAUUGAAGACUGAAAAUAAUCCAAAAAGAAUUAUCAUUAAAAGAAACCAUGUCGCCCAAUCGGAAUCUAAUAUUUUUGAUUAAGUUAUUAUUGACAAAAUUUAUCUUGCUAAUCAAUAGAGCUUAAAAAAUUUAUUCACAUAUCAAUUUUGA